AUGAUUCCAAUGUUGCGGACUGCGACGCAGUCCGUUGUCAAUGGAGCGGCGUCGCGCCUGGGCAGCAGCGUGUGCAGCGGGUUUAUUGCGCGGGUGCCAAUGGUGUGUGCGCCAAUGGCUCCGUCGCGGCCGUACCGCUACACACCGCCCGUGCAGAUGGGCCGCCGCAGCGCCAAGAUCGCCCUGCGCAAGGGCAAGGCGGAUGCCAAGAAGGCCAAGGUCUACGGGAAGAUCGGGAAGAAGAUCAUCCAAAUCGUCAAGGCCGGCGGCGCCGACCCGGCCACCAACAGCAAGCUGUCUGACCUACUCAAGCAGGCCAGGGUGAGGGUCAGCCAGCAGGCCCAUGGAUGA